AUGCUAGUGACUAAGCACGGCGCGGAGCUUUGCGCUCACCUCGUCAACGACAUAUGCGGCGAGCUGCCUGCGCGAAUUCUAGCCGUUCUCUUCAGUAAAGGAAGAUCGACUAUUGCACAACUUACUCAGACCACAGGUCUGACCCCACGACAGCUGCGCCACGGACUCGCAGUUCUUGUCCAACAGAAUCUCGUAUAUCACCAGGCCGAUUCUAGCAACACGAUUGCCACUUACGAGGCCAAUCCUGAUGGGUGCUACAACCUUAUUAGAGCCGGAAAGAUCAUCGAGAUGGUCGGCAUCGAGUACGGCUCUGCAGAACAGGAAGUAGUCCAAACAAUUAUGCAGUUGGGACAUGCCAGAGUUUCCGAUCUGGCGCAAGCGUUCGAGACCAGAAACGGGGCGGCCACCAACGGCGAUUAUACAAAUGGGCACGCCAAUGGAAAUGUUUCUAAGCCAAAAAUCAACGGACAUUCGUCACAUUCGUUUCUCGACCUCCACGCCAUCCUGAAUCGGCUGGUUACGGCUGAGAUCGUGGACCAGGUCGGCCCAAAGACAUUUAGAAAUCCUGAAGAUGUAUACCGUGAGAUCGAGGAGGAAGUUACAAAAACAGCACCAGGAGAGAAGAUGACAGCACGUAAUAAGGAGCUGAUGCAAGGCGAGGUUGCGAAGCGGCUCCGAGAAGCUCGCGAGGAGAGCAAGAAAUUGAAGCGGCAACUGGGGCGAGGUGCUAUCUUCCCAACCAAGCGGAGGAAGCUUUCGAACGGCAAGGGAAAGAGGGAAACUUCGGAUUUUGAAGAGGACGUGCCUGAACUUGAGCGUCUCGCUCAAUAUGCUGCCGACGCCUUCGGCGAAGCAACUGGUCACGUUUACCACACUGCCUUGCGUCUGUUGACUCAGCAAAUAUCCCGGUGCCAACUCGACCCUAAGAUCGAUACUGAUACGACCGACGGCGACGGUCCCAGCCAGAGUGCACGGCAAGUCAGCGUCACGAGUCUUGAAAUCUUCGAUAGCCUCGAUGAAUCCGUCGAUGUUUCUGUUGGAGUGGGCAAAGCUUCAGCAGAUCAGAUCGAUUUCCGCAGUGCCGAAAAAAUUAGAGCCACACCUGGCCAGCUUAUGUACGACUCCGAUGAUUCAUUCGACGAGAGUCCAAGCACCGCGAGAGCUCCUGUUCGUGCCCAAACAAAUGGUGCUAGGAGAGCCGAUUCAGACGACAGCGAUACUGAAGGAGAGGGGUCUGGGUCUCGCGAAACUAAGGUCAAGUUUGAGGAGUCGGCCUCAAAUGGUAACCGGCUGGAUCAAAUGCGACAGCAUCUAUUGCUGCUAGCAGAAAGCAAACAGGGCUUUUUGCGCCAUUGUGGCAGUCAAGGCCGAGGGCAGUGGACAGUUGACUUCAAGCCCUUGUUGGAGGGGUUGAAGCAAACAGAGGUGGAUGCCGUCAUUGAGCAGUCUUUCGGCAGGCAUGGACUUCGUCUGACACGAAUUCUUCGUGAGAAGGGCAAGUUGGAUGAGAAGAUGCUUCCUUCACUUGCUCUAAUGAAGAAGCAGGACGUUCAAGGCAAAAUGCUUGCCAUGCAAAUGGCUGGUUUCGUCGAUGUGCAGGAAGUUCCAAAAGAUGCCAGCAGAACAGCGACGCGAACCAUGUUUUUCUGGUUCUUCGACAUUGAAAGAAUUGAGAAUCAACUCGUCGACGAUUACUACAAGACAAUGCUCCGAUGCCUCCAAAAUCUGGAGGUGCACCGAUAUCGGGAACGUAACAUUCUAUCUUUUGUGGAGAGACGGGACGUGAAGGGCAAGGAAGAAGAGGUCAUGACUGCCGAGCACUACAACAAGUACAGCAGUUAUUUGGACCUGCAGAGCAAACUGCUUGGCCACGGGGGCAUGUCCUUGCAGGGCCAGCAAUUAAGCUGCGAGUUCGGGCAGAGUGCAUCUGUAGACAAGAUGUCUCCCCCUAUGGCCGCAGGAAAGGAGAAGGAGUCGAACACCGCGCGACUCCUGGGUUCUGGUUCCGCUGGUAUCGCCGAAUUGGCCGUCUUCCAUCCUGUUUCCGGUAUGGAUCAGCUCAACGCUGUCAUCUUCAAAGACAAGGCCUCUGCACCCCUCGGUCGCAAGUUCGUCUCGCUGUUCCCCGGUCUGGGAUACGCUGCCGGUUACAAAGUUCUGCAAAGAAUAUACAAGUACGGUGGCCAGCCCGUUGCUAGGGACUUCCUGAACCAGCACUACGGAAAGGAUUUUGAGAAUGCUUUCGGCAAGAAGACUGGCAAGGCCAUCAUGCACUCUACCGCUGGCAGCUUGAUCGGUAUCGGAGAGAUCGUCCUUCUUCCCCUGGAUGUCCUAAAGAUCAAGAGGCAGACCAACCCCGAGGCGUUCCGUGGCCGUGGUGUUUUCAAGAUUGUCGCGGAUGAGGGCUUCGGUCUGUACAGAGGAUGGGGCUGGACUGCCGCCCGUAAUGCUCCUGGUUCCUUCGCGCUGUUCGGUGGUUCAGCCUUCACCAAGGAAUAUAUGUUCGGUUUGAGCGACUACAACAAGGCGUCGUGGUUCCAAAACUUCAUUGCCUCUAUCGCCGGUGCUUCCGCCUCCCUUGUCGUCUCUGCUCCUCUCGAUGUUAUCAAGACACGUAUCCAGAACCGUAACUUUGAGAACCCCGAGUCCGGCUUCAGGAUCGUCUCCAACAUGAUGAAAAACGAAGGUGCCGGUGCCUUCUUCAAGGGCUUGGUCCCCAAGCUUCUGAUGACCGGUCCCAAGCUGGUCUUCUCCUUCUGGCUGGCGCAGACCCUCAUCCCUGCAUUCGAUAACAUGCUUAAAUAA